CCGCGGAUCGGACUCGGAUAAGGAAGGAGGCCGGGCGCGCGGGGGGGCGCGCUGCGUCGCCGUUACGAAUGAUGCCGCGGGGAUUCGCAUCGCGCUUUUCAUCCGUUCGCGUGGCGUGGGUUCGAGGGUUCUCUCUCAUAGGCCCCUCGCGUCGUCUUCACGUCGACUAUCGAGAACAUCGAGUCCCGGCUCUUGACGAGCGCCUACCAUCGCAUGCUGAGACGGCUUCUCUUUCUGCGUUGCUCGAUUGUUCCGUUGCUUCCGAUUUUGGUGCGGUGGGCAUGUCCCGUCGAACCUGGCAAAUUGUGAUUUGGACACUUAUGGAGUAUUAUGUGAUUUUGCUGUUCUUAUUCUUCUUGGGUGUGUCACUCGGUGCACGCAAGCUGGAACACGCGUGGCGAAGUUGAGAGAGUCCCCUCUCCGACAGUUCGCUUCCAUGGAUAUGAUUCACUUGUCCAUUCCAGAUAUGAUGCAGUACAAUCCAGAAAGGUUGCAGUACUGUAGUUGCUUCCGUGCUCUGUUCGUAUUUGAGUUUGGAGUUUGAAGUUUUUUCGGAGAUGACAAGGUUUGGAGAGAGUGCACGAAGAAGUCACUUAUGAUGAAGCUGCUUUUGAGUGCGAUUGGUUACGUGCUAGCAUGUCGUUUGUGAUCUUCUAGGGUACUGCGUUGCUUAUCCAACUAGAGAUUCUAUUAUAACUUAUCUAGGUAUGUUUCUCAUGUAGAGAAGACAAAGGGCAUUAAACGGAUUGUUGUUAGAAAGUUCUUGUUGGCCUUUGUUUAUCGUACCGUGAUCAGGUAGUGUUGUUCCCAUAUCUAUCGGAACAUUUAUCCACCCCAGGAGAUAUGAAGAGUUGUCGUUGGACACUUAACAGAUCUUUCUAUUUCACGAGUUUACAUUGUAAGCGAUUUAACAGCGACUCACAUGUAUUCAUCUUUAGAGAGGUUAAAGAUUUUUACUGAGAUUAUUGGACCUUUGUCAACCCCAAUUCAUUUCAUAGUGUUCACAUCUUUCCCUCUUCUGGUAUUUCACAUUUCACAUUUCACUUUAUGAAAUAA